GUUCGCUUGCCCCGAGCUGGAGGCGCUGUUCCGCGGCUACACGCUGCGGCUGGAGCAGGCGGCCACGCUGAAGGCGCUGGUGGUGCUCAGUCUGCUGGCGGGCGCGCUAGCAUUGGCCGAGCUGCUGGGCGCGCCAGGGCCGGCGCCCGGCCUGGCCAAGGGCUCGCACCCGGUGCACUGCGUCCUGUUCCUGGCGCUGCUGGUGGUCACCAACGUCCGGUCCCUGCAGGUGCCCCAGCUGCAGCAGGUCGGCCAGCUGGCUCUGCUCUUCAGCCUCACCUUCGCGCUGCUCUGCUGCCCCUUCGCGCUGGGCGGCCCCGCCCGGGGUCCCGCCGGGACCGCUGGGGGGCCGGCGACCGCGGAACAGGGUGUUUGGCAGCUCCUUUUGGUCACCUUCGUGUCCUAUGCUCUGCUGCCCGUGCGCAGCCUGCUGGCCGUCGGCUUCGGGCUCGUGGUGGCUGCCUCGCACUUGCUGGUCACAGCCACCUUGGUCCCCGCCAAGCGCCCACGUCUCUGGAGGACGCUCGGCGCCAAUGCUUUGCUCUUCUUUGGUGUGAACAUGUACGGGGUCUUUGUGAGGAUCCUGACGGAGCGCUCCCAGAGGAAGGCAUUCCUGCAGGCCCGGAGCUACAUUGAGGAUCGGCUGAGGCUGGAGGAUGAGAACGAGAAGCAGGAGCGACUCCUCAUGAGCCUCCUGCCACGGAAUGUUGCCAUGGAGAUGAAGGAAGACUUUCUGAAGCCCCCUGAGAGGAUUUUCCACAAGAUUUACAUCCAGAGGCAUGACAAUGUGAGCAUCCUGUUUGCAGACAUCGUGGGCUUCACAGGCCUGGCCUCCCAGUGCACUGCCCAGGAGCUGGUGAAACUCCUCAAUGAGCUCUUUGGCAAGUUCGACGAAUUAGCCACAGAGAACCACUGUCGCCGCAUCAAGAUCCUCGGGGACUGUUACUACUGUGUGUCAGGCCUCACCCAACCCAAGACCGACCACGCCCACUGCUGUGUGGAGAUGGGGCUGGACAUGAUCGACACCAUCACGUCUGUAGCUGAGGCCACUGAAGUGGAUUUGAACAUGCGUGUGGGUCUGCACACGGGCAGGGUCCUCUGUGGCGUCCUGGGCCUGCGCAAAUGGCAAUAUGAUGUGUGGUCCAACGAUGUGACCUUGGCCAAUGUGAUGGAAGCUGCGGGCCUACCGGGGAAGGUUCACAUCACAAAGACGACCCUGGCGUGCUUGAAUGGGGACUAUGAGGUAGAACCAGGCUAUGGGCAUGAGAGGAACAGUUUCCUGAAAACUCAUAAUAUCGAGACCUUUUUUAUUGUGCCAUCCCAUCGCAGAAAGAUAUUUCCAGGCCUGAUUCUGUCAGAUAUAAAACCGGCAAAAAGGAUGAAGUUCAAGACAGUGUGCUACCUGCUGGUGCAGCUCAUGCACUGCCGGAAGAUGUUCAAGGCUGAGAUCCCCUUCUCCAACGUCAUGACCUGCGAGGACGAUGACAAGCGGAGGGCAUUGAGAACAGCCUCAGAAAAGCUCAGAAACCGUUCAUCCUUCUCUACCAACGUCGUCUACACCACCCCAGGCACUCGUGUCAACAGGUACAUCAGCCGCCUCUUAGAAGCACGCCAGACAGAGCUGGAGAUGGCGGACCUGAACUUCUUUACCCUGAAGUACAAACAUGCUGAGCGGGAGCAAAAGUACCACCAGCUUCAGGACGAGUAUUUCACCAGCGCUGUUGUCCUUGCCCUCAUCCUGGCUGCCUUAUUUGGCCUUGUCUACCUUCUAAUAAUCCCACAGAGUGUGGCCGUCCUGCUCCUGCUAGUGUUCUGCAUUUGUUUCCUGGUGGCCUGUGUCCUGUACCUGCACAUCACCCGGGUCCAGUGUUUUCCAGGGUGCCUGACGAUUCAGAUUCGCACCGUCUUGUGUAUUUUCAUAGUGGUCUUAAUCUAUUCAGUAGCCCAAGGAUGUGUGGUGGGCUGCCUGCCCUGGGCCUGGAGCUCCAAGCCCAACAGUACCCUGGUGGUCUUCUCAUCCGGGGGCCGGCGCACAGCACUGCCCGCCCUGCCCUGCGAGUCUGCAUACCACGCCCUUCUCUGCUGCCUGGUGGGCACCCUCCCGCUAGCCAUAUUCCUGCGGGUGUCCUCCUUGCCAAAAAUGAUCCUGCUGUGUGGGCUCACCAUGUCCUACAUCCUCGUCCUAGAGCUCAGUGGAUACACCAGAGCCGGGGGCAGCACCAUCUCUGGGCGCAGCUACGAGCCGAUCAUGGCCAUCCUGCUGUUCUCCUGUGCGCUGGCCCUGCACGCCAGGCAGGUGGACGUCAGGCUGCGGCUGGACUACCUCUGGGCUGCACAGGCAGAAGAGGAGCGCGAGGACAUGGAGAGGGUGAAGCUGGACAACAGGAGAAUCCUCUUCAACCUCCUGCCUGCCCAUGUCGCCCAGCACUUCCUCAUGUCCAACCCCCGGAACAUGGACCUCUACUACCAGUCCUACUCUCAGGUGGGUGUCAUGUUCGCCUCCAUCCCCAACUUCAACGACUUCUACAUCGAGCUGGACGGCAACAACAUGGGGGUGGAGUGCCUGCGGCUGCUCAACGAGAUCAUCGCCGACUUCGACAAGCUCAUGGACAAAGACUUUUACAAGGACCUAGAGAAGAUUAAAACCAUUGGGAGCACCUACAUGGCCGCGGUGGGGCUGGCGCCCACCUCGGGGACCAAGGCUAAGAAGUCCAUCUCUGCCCACCUGAGCACGCUGGCAGACUUUGCCAUUGAGAUGUUUGACGUCCUGGAUGAAAUCAACUACCAGUCUUACAACGACUUCGUCCUCCGAGUUGGCAUCAACGUCGGCCCUGUGGUGGCCGGAGUGAUUGGGGCCCGCAGGCCCCAGUACGACAUCUGGGGAAACACAGUCAACGUGGCAAGUCGAAUGGACAGCACUGGAGUCCAGGGCAGAAUCCAGGUGACUGAAGAAGUGCACCGACUACUGAGAAGGUGUUCCUACCACUUCGUGUGCCGAGGCAAAGUCAGUGUCAAGGGCAAGGGUGAGAUGUUGACAUACUUUUUGGAAGGCAGGACUGAUGGAAAUGGUGCCCAGACUAGGCCCCUAGGCUUGGAGCGGAAAAUGUGUCCUUAUGGGAGAGCCAGCCUUCAGGCCAGACACCCCACUGUGUGCCCCAGUGGGCUCCCUGUCAGGGCUGGGCUCCCCCCACACCCCCCUAGCCAGUGUGUGCCCUCCACGGCAUCUGGGAGGGAGGCUUAAUGAGGCCCACGCUCACUGCCGGACGUGCACACAGGGUGAGAGUGCUCUGGGGCAACAUAGGCCACUGUGGCUCCAGCCAGGACGAGCCAGAGCUGCAGAGCAGGCAGUCAGCAGCCAGGCUGGAGAAGGAGCAUUGUCCAGGCAUGGCCUGUGGCCAAAGGCCAACGACCUGGCAGAAUCAGCACUGCAGUGACUUGGUGAAGGGAGGAGCACGCCUGACUGCACUCACACCCAGGCCUCACAAGAGACGUGACCUGUCUUGACUGUACUCACACCCAGGCCUCACUGGAGACGUGUCCAGUCCAUCCUCCCCUUCCCUGGCCAAGGGAGUGCUGUCUGUUUCCAGCAGGCCUUUGCAGUUUGGCCAGGUUGGUGUCAAUGACAGGAACUUCAGAGCAUCUGCCGAGGGAGGUCUGGUUGGCAGAGCAGCUGAGACAGCUCUGUGCCUCCCCAGCCAAGGCACAUCCCAGCGUGCAGGCAGGUCCAGCCUUGGGCAGCAGCUUCAGGAGCCAGAGAGGGAAGCCAGGCUUCACUAGGAGGAUCAUGAGGGCUGGGGUUGUCCAUAGCACGGAACUGUUUGCUCUCGGACUGGAUGAUUUGGAGAGAACUGAGAAGCUACCUCUCGCUGCAUGGAGGGUGGUGGCGCCGGCUUUUCUCAAGAGUGUAUUUUUGCUGAGAGCCAGAGUAGGUCUGCUGGAAUUGUCAGGGGCCUGCAGCCCCAUCUCCACAGACAUGGCCGGCAUUGGAUUCUUGCUCUGCCUGUGUGUUCGCCACUUGUCCCAUCUGCUGGAUCCGGCUCCUAUGAAACCUGGACAUUCCCUGCCCUGCACUUGUUCAGAGAAGAGGGUUGGGUGUUAUUUCCUCCCCAUCCCUGUGGUGUCAUGGUCCUGUUCAUUUAGCAACCGUGCAAGGCUGCAUUUAUGUUGGAAAUGAGCGAGUUUCCUUGAUGGACAAUGUAGAUUCCCCAGCAGAACCAGGCCUCCUAGAUAGGCCGUUUCAGAGUCACUUCACAGUUGGCUUAUGGUCAUGAGUCCAGAUGUCCCUGCUCCAGUUUGCAGGGAAAGCAACUGCAGGUGAAUGUGUCGCUAUCUGGGAACCUCCUACCUGCACAUCUGGUUGAUCACAGUGAAGAUGAAGACGAGGAUGGGGGUGAGUGGGCUGGGGUCCCGUGAUAGGACUGACCAGAAAUAGCCAGGCAAGUCCUGGCACGUGGAGACCCUGGAUCUCCGUCACAGGGAGGAAGGCAGCUUGAAAUGGGAGAAAGGUUCUAGAGACUCACUGCUUGGAAAUGUGCUCAGAGAAGUUUCUGUGGACUGCAGAUCAGACCUGAGCCCACCUCUGUUCAAAGCCAGCUGGUUUGGGUUUUUUUCAGUUCCCCAAGGGCUCUUCUACCUUUCUGGAGUCCUGACUUUUCAGAGUAGGAGCAGAGAAAAAGCCCCAGACUUCCUUCCCUGGAGAGGAGACCUGUGUGGGGGCCUGCUCUGACUGGUCCCCGUCAGGGAGCACACGUGAUGUUCUCUGGCUGCUCCCAUCAUGGUGCGUUAGAUGUGGCCUCCUGCAUGGGGAGGGCUCCACCCUGGUUUAGCCAAAUGGCCGAGGGGGAACAGCUAAGGCCUCAGCCGUAGCUGGGGGAGGCCAGGGCUGGGAGGGUUUCAGGGCAACCAGGUUGGGGCUGGCCAAGUGCCUGUUUCCAAGGGAUUUUGGGUUAGUGGUAGCAGCUCUAGCUGAGGCAGGACUGAGGACAGAGGUCCAGGAUGGACAGCUUCUGAAAGGGCAGGUGAAAGAGGCAGGGUUGCCUGUCUACCUGUCUCGAGGCUGUGGACCAUAGGUAGCCAGGUGAGGCUGGGGGAGGGGGUGUAUGCCACCUGACUGCUCUUUUUUCUCUCCCUGGGCUGGGCUGUGGCUUCUGUGAUGUGCAAGGGGGCUGGAUGUCUGCUGGUACCUUCCUGCAGAGUGAUUUUGACCUAGGAAGGCUACCCUGUGGCUCCCCUGGAGAGUUUAGGGUGGAGAGUGGGCACCUUUCUUCUUCCUUGUGUGGUGCUCACGUCACCAUCUGCUCAUGCGCCCUGGAGUUCUGGCAUCACUGGUGUGGGCUGGGCUCUCAAGAAGCUCUAGAGAAGGAGAUGCUCAAGGCGGCUUCCAGCCACUGUUGGGAUAUCCAUAGGAGGCUGUGUUUGUGCAGAACCUCCAGGGUGCUGGUGAGGACACCUAAAAAUAGGCACGUUCACCUCGAGGACCCAGGCCCACUUCAGGGCUCCUUGAGCUGAGAAUCUGGCUGGGGCCCAGCUGCCAGCCCCUCUCUGCAGGGGAUUCAGGAGGGCAGAGAGCCAGUGCUGCCCACACUGGGCUGUCCAGGUGGGGGUGUAGACAGAGGAGUGGCCCCCAAAGGUGUCCAUGCUCGAGACCCAGGCCCUGUGGCUAUGCUCUGUCAUUUGGCAAAGAGGACUUUGCAGACAGAAUUAAGAUCAGGGAUCUUAGGAUGGGAGAUAAGCCUGGGCCACAUGGCCCUUUGAAGUGGAUGGACAGAUCUGAGGCAUGAUACAGAUGGCACCAUUGUUGCUGGUUUGAAGAUGAGGGCCACAGCUAAUGCUCAAGGCCUCUUGACAGCCCCAGCCCUAGCCAGCAAGGAAGUGGGGACAUCACUCCUACAAUUACAGGGACCCUAAUUCGUGACAACUUAUGUGAGCCCAAAGCAGAUUGGCCCCAGAGCCUCCAGGCAGGAGCAGAGCCCAGCCUGGUGACACUUGGGUCUGGCCUGUGAGACUGGGCAGAGAGCCACCUGCCACAUGGUGUCCAGCCUGGGGUCCACAGAGCUGAGGGAUCACACGUGUGCAUCUGUGACACUACUCAAGGCAGGUCAGCCAUGCAGCAGUGAGAGGAAGCCGUCUUGGGGACCACAGUUCCUCCUCUGGCACGCGACUGUUCUGCGGUGGACCCCAUGGCAGCCUUGGCGAGGUCUCCGCGUCAGGGGGCAACCAUCUCCAUCAUCAGCAACUCCAAACCCCACCUGCUUCCUGGGAGUUCAGGAACUGUGUUUAGCCAUAAUGUUUCCUGGGGUUUGGUGAAAAACAACUUCCUUUUUAUUUGUGAUAAAACUGUAUUAUAUUGCCUUAUUUAUUUUUAAUUGUGUACAAUAUUCAUGUACAAAUGUUAGAGCCAUUCGGGUAGGAUUCCCUCUAAGUUAUUUCCAAGGCUCUGUAAAUAAUGCACCAGUGACGGUGCUGCCUGUUUACUCGUACCAAAAACAAAGACAAGCCCACACCCGCUCCAGCCCUGCUUGGCGAAGCUGUGCCCUUUAGGAAUGACCCCGUGUGCCCCCUUCCCGCCCGUCGCAUGCCUCCCCGCCUGACACCGUAGAGUAGAGCACAGCCCCACAAUGCUUCCAGAGGUCCCCCUGGACCCUGCCCACCCUGGGCCAGGCCACCUCUGUGGGUGUUCUGUAUCCUACAAGACACCCCCCACAGACCCAAAAACCCAAGUUUCCAGCCCGUGUUUCUCAGACUCUAAAGCCACUGGGGCUUCUGGAACACCUUUCGUAGAAGCAAUAACUCUAACUGUAUGCUGUGGAGAUGAGUCUGGUCCAAAGCAGAUUGGUAAUUCAGAGACAACCCCUGCAGAUGAGGUGGGCAAUUCCCUGGCUCUGUGGAGGGCUACCAAUCCCAAAGCCCCUGCCCCCUCCUGAAGACCUAGUUCUGGUCUCUGGGUUGUCAGGGCUGAGCAGAGCUCAGCACUCCAGGCCUGGUGAGCAGACAGAGCUGCACCAGACUCUCCUCAGAUCAUUGUCACCUCACCCCUGUCUCAGGAAAGGGAGGAAGGAGGCAAAUGACAUCCACCCCACCCAAGAUGUUUUUAGAUAGACAAAUCUCAGUGCCAGCCUCACACCGUCUGACGUGGGGAGCCGCAGUUUGUGGCGGCAAUGUUAAAGUCUAACACUGCAAGGCUUACCCAGGGUGCGCCACUUCAAGGAAACGGUGGCAUGGUGAUGGCGGUCCCCGUUCACUCUCCACAGUGCUGGUGCUGUGUUGAUGAAGAAGAGCUCUCUAGACAUGUGUCCAGGAUUGGAGACCCCGGCCAGGCUGACUGGGAUGUGGGAGCUUGCUCCUUCAUAUUGAGCCUGGGGGAUGAUAGACAGAAAAGUCUUCCUUAAGGAACUCAGAAACCCAAAAAUAACCAUCGGCAUGGGAAUCAUUCCAUUCUCUUAGCACUAUAGUGGAGAUGCCUGAAGCAGGUGUCCACAGUGGGCAGAGUUGAAGGUGUGGGGAAUCAGGUCGCUUCAGCCUCCUGCACCCCGGCCCUCACUGUGCCAGGUGGGGGUCAGGGCAAGGCCAAGAUGGGGUCCGCAGCCAGAGUAGACAUUCUGGAAAACUUAGUUUGGUUUAGCGGAUGGAAGGCUCUUCUAGUUGUGAUUUCCCACAGAUGGAUUUGGGUGCACUAGGGUGGUCAGGACUUGCGGUUGGGGGCAAAUGUGGCACAGGGGGGCUCUCUCUGGAAGCUGAAGGUGUGUGUGAUUCUGGGUGAACCAACAGCCAAUAGCUGAAGGCCUCACACUGGAGAGAGCACAGGCAGAGUGGCUGGGAAGGCCGAGGGCCCCUGAGUGGACUGGUGGGGCUGGGGUGCCUGCAGCAUGGGGCAGGGCCCCUGCCACGGCACCUGCUCCCUCAGUGUGGACAUUCCUCCCUUGCAGGGUCGGGGGCUCCAUGAGCAUGACCCCAAACAGACGUAGACAGGGGAUGUUCAGAGGCCCCGGCUUCCCCCUCACCUUGGGGGAACAGAUGAGGACACUUGGGAAAGUAUUCCAGGGAUUUCCCAUGCUCUUCUGUCUGUUCACAUCCUUACCAGAGGCAGAUUCUGUAAUAGGAUGUGAAGAAAUGUGUCACUUGUAUGGUCCAUUACACCACAGAUUCAAUUCCCGGUGCCACAUUUUGGGGCUAGACUUCCUUAAAUGACAUGUAAACAUAUAAUGACUCAUACAUUUGUAUUUUUAAAUUUCCCUGAAAAUUUAAUGCAUUCUAUUCCAUAUCAAAUCCGUUCCCCAUCUUAAAAAUGUUUCUCCACUAAGGCCAUGUUUAAUUCUGAUCAGUGUGUGUGCUAUGCUGCGUGUAUGCACACGUGUGCCUGUCUUUCUUGUGUGUUGUGCAUGUGGCUAGGUGUUGCUUAGCAUAAGCCAAAUAAAAAUUAAGCAUUUGUUCCUGGAAUUAAGAUGGAUUCAUAUAAGGAACAAAAUUAAAUUUGAAUACAGCCAGAUGAUCUCCUAUGUAGGGUAUCUGGGGAAACUGUCUCUGAGAGCCCUGACUUGAUUUUUCUUAGAAAAUCCUCAUGAUCAGAGGAAGAAGUCUGGGCAGGAGGGGGAAGAGUUAUGAGCAGGGGGGCAUGUAGCAUCCAGGACACCAAGGCAGCCUGUGACUCCCUUGAUUCGGGGGCCUCCAUCUGUAAUCCACUGCUAACUCUUGCUUUUUUAAAUAAUCAACAAUUUUAAUUAUCCACAAUAUCAGCACUAAUGUCCAGGGAUAUUAAGGCACUAACAGGUCUCAUUUCCUUUGUUUGGUGGUUUACUUUUGAGGUUGCUGGCUGCAGGAAUUUGGAAGCAGGAGCUGGAAGGGAGUGCAAGCAAAACUCAGGGCCACCAGCCCCUCCGUCUGCCCUCCCGGACACUGGGAGCUGGUCUGGAGGCCGAGCCUUCUCACCUGAGUAACUGUCAGCUUCAGUCUCUCUCCCUGUGCACUGGGAGGAGCUGCAGGGAACAGGUGCCCUUCUUGGGUGGUACUUCAUAAUUGGCUGGAAAAAAAACAUGUUGAUUAGGAAACUGAGCAAAGGGGCAGCCAUCUGGCCCAAUGCUGUGUCCUCUACAUCUGGCAGGCCCAGUUAUUUCAAGGACCAUUCGUUCAAACUUCGUGAAAUUAGUGAGUUUCCUUCUACAUGUCACCAGAUUCAACAUAUUUUGCACUAAUAACCACAGAGGAAGUGCGAUUAUAGCUCUCCUCAUAUAGUCCUCCGUGGACCUUUGGGUGGGUGUGAGCACGUAUCAGGGUACCUAAAUCUGCUUCACAGUAACUGGGCACCUCGGUGUGUGCCAGUCUAAACAGUCCACAGAGGUGAGACUAUAACCUCAAGUUUUCCGUGAAGAAUCUGAAGCUGAGAGAGGUUGGGGACUUGAGUAUCAAGUCACACAGCUCUGAGACACAGGAUCAGGAUUCAACCACUGCUCUGUCCUGUCCUAAACCCUUGUGUUUCCCAUCACCCUUAGUCCCUCUUUGCUAACAGUAAAGUCUGUAAAAACUGUAUCAGUUUUGUUGGAGAAUGCUAGCCUGUCCGCACACAGGGCCCACUGUGGUGGAGGGGACACUUGAGCAGGUGGGCUCUGAGCACAGUGUACUCUGGUCCCCUGAGGGAAGGCGUGCUCCACUCCCGUCCUUGGAGCCUGUGUUGAGUCCUCACUAGUGCCCCCAGCCCUUGGCCUCACAUUCCUCAUCAGAGCAACGCAAUUUUUCUUGGCUAAGUCAUAUUCUUCCUUCUCUAACAACUGAUCCUGAACAAGGAACUAAAAUGUUAAGGUUAUAAAGUUCCUCCUUUGUCAUAUCAGAUUUUAUGUUGUAAAACUACAUUGGAGCACAACCUAUCACUGUGUCUAAGAAGAUCCAGGAUUCCCUAAACAAGAACAGUAGUUGUCCUUUUCUGUAAGGCUUCACUAAUAUCAAAUAGAGAGAAACUGUGGCACUCCCAGGAGCCCCCAAACUGCACAUCAUUUCUGUACUUAGGCUGAUCCCAUCCAGGCUCCCAGUCCUGGUCAGGAGCCCCCCAAGCUGAGGGAAGGCCAUCGGUUGUUUGCUGUUUCUGCUCUCGUCUUUCUCCUCUGUAAAGCCAUCCGCUGUUGGCACGUAUUGUUGGGGUAGGCAGCUCAGGGUGCCUUCCAGGGAAUAUUCAGACGGCAAGAAAGGGAUUAUAACAAUCAAUAAUCAUGAUAGUGAGAAAUCUGGCAGCCGCCAGAGCACAUGAACCCCGUUCCCUGGGCCCUGGGUUCUUGAUGAUGCCAGGCAGCUCAGACUUUCGGAGAGCUUGGUUUCCAAACGCUUUCAGCCACUUACUGAGAAUUAAUGUUUAUGCUGAGGUGACACCCUAGACUAAGUCCCAAGAGAUCUAUCAAGUGUCGUGGGCUUUAGAAACUUGUGGGGGCAGUGCAAGAACAGGUGAGCAAAGCGUCUGCCUGUGGGCACCUGCUCCCCACCGCCUGUCAGGGAAGGUGGCCCAACAGCACCCAGAACUUGUUUCUCACCUUCCACCAGCAACUCCCACCCCGCUCCGGGCCCCAGCACAUGAAGCACAAGUCUCAGGGGACCAUUCCCACGUUGUGGGAAUCCUGAAGAAGCCCAUAGCCGCCUCUUGCACCCAUGGGGAGUGUGGACACAGCUGACCACCAGGAGCACACACACCCAGUGUAGAGAGGCCUAUGGUUUUGCCUUCAUUCCUGCCAAAACCGCACAUAUGCAAACCAUUUGCAGUCCGGAAUUACAUGCCGUGAAAUUCCUAAUUGUGUGGAACUUAGUCUGAAUUGGAGGUCACGCAGCAGACACAGGGCCAGGCCUAGGCCUGCCCUUGGGUCAUUCCCCAUGUGGAGCGUCCCUGUAAGCCACAGCGAGUCUCAUGGAGCCUGAGCUUUGUGCACGUAUUAUGCACCGUCUGCCCCCAAAUGUCUCCUACUUGACCAUCCUCAUUUACACUGAUACCACAUCCCUGCACCGAUGAGAAUGAUGUAAUUAUUAGGACCAUCUCCUAGCAGUAGAUUCCAUUCUGAUUUAAGGUAAGCCUAAAGCCCACUCUCAGACCUUCUUGACUCACUGAGAAAACUAAUUUAAGCUCCUACGUCCUUCGGGUUUGGCUAGACAGGGCUAUGUCCCUGAUGGGAAGGGAGAGUGAUGUGGGCAAGGUGUCUUUUUCUCACACAAUAAAACCCACCCAGGAUGCUUCUGUCGAAGUGAGAAACACGGUGACUAUAUUUGGAAUUACAAUAACUCGCUCUCACUGGGUAACUUCUCAUGAUAGAUUUGUAUGAUCAAUACGGGUCUCUUUUUAUGUGAACUGAACACUGUAGAGUACCUUCCAGUCUUUUUCAAGAUUGUUAAAUUGAGACAAGUAAUUGAAUAAUUUGUCCUAUUUUUAUUUAAAAACAAAGUGAAUGGACUGACAUGUUAAAUGUGAAUGUACAUUUCUUAAUUGCAACUUUUCUACUGAGUGUUUGCACUAUACUUUCUGGAAUCUUAUUUAACAAAAAUAAAGGAAAAAAAUUGCUUGACUAAA